AUGUCAGAGAACGCUCAAAUCGGCGUGAACGGCUUCGGCCGAAUCGGUCGCCUAGUGACUCGCGUCGCGAUCCGUCGCGGCUUCAACGUGAAUGCCAUCAACGACCCGUUCAUAGACGUCGACUACAUGGUCUACAUGUUCAAAUACGACACAGUUCACGGUCGUUGGCCCGGUACGGUCAAAGCCAAGGACGGUAAACUUAUUAUCGAUGGAAAAACUAUUGAGGUUACUAAUGAGAAAGAUCCGGCUAAGAUUAUGUGGAGGAGUUCCAAUGUGGAUAUUGUGGUUGAGUCGACAGGUGUUUUUACCACUUUGGAUAAGGCCAACCAGCAUCUGAUUGGUGGAGCAAGAAAGGUGAUCAUAACGGCGCCAUCUGCAGACGCCCCGAUGUUUGUGAUGGGUGUCAAUGAACACACGUACGACACCAGCUAUAACAUCGUCAGCAACGCAAGCUGUACGACCAACUGCCUGGCCCCCAUCGCCAAAAUCAUCGACGAAAACUUCGGCAUCGUUGAGGCUCUGAUGACCACGGUACACUCGUACACGGCCACUCAAAAGGUUGUGGAUGGUCCCUCAAAUAAAGACUGGAGAGGUGGGCGACAUGCGGCUAUGAACAUCAUUCCAUCUUCCACCGGUGCGGCUAAAGCUGUAGGUAAGGUGAUUCCAUCUCUGAAUGGAAAAGUUACCGGAAUCGCAUUUCGAGUUCCAACACCGAAUGUCUCAGUUGUCGAUUUGACGUGCAAAGUUGAGAAAGAAUGUACGUACGAAGAGAUCAAAGAGGUCGUCAAAAAGGCCAGCCAGAGUCCCGAGUGGAAAGGAAUUCUUGGCUACACCGAGGACGAAGUGGUCUCCUCCGAUUUUACUACUACCACAUUCAGUUCAGUUUUCGAUGCAAAAGCCGGUUUAGGACUCAACAGAACGUUCUUCAAAAUUGUGGCUUGGUACGAUAAUGAGUACGGCUACAGUAACAGGGUUGUCGAUCUGGCUAAAUAUUUGGUCGACCAAGGCCUUUGA